AUGUCCCUCGACGCAAAGGAUGCCCGGAGGCGGCGUAGCAGUAGUCUUGUCUACAAGGAACCACCCGAGUCUCUUGAGCAGCUGAGCGACCAGGCUGCUCUGCCCAACCUCAACGCCGAGUGGGUGAAUGCAAAGGGCGCCUGGAUCAUCCACUUUGUCCUCAUCUUCAUCGGCAAGAUCCUCUUCGACAUCAUCCCAGGCAUGUCACAGGAGACAUCCUGGACCCUUGUCAACCUCUCGUACAUGGCCGGCUCCUACCUCAUGUUCCACUACGUCCGCGGCGUCCCCUUCGACUUCAACUCGGGCGCCUACGACAACCUCAACAUGUGGGAGCAGAUCGACAACGGCGACCAGUACACCCCGGCAAAGAAGUUCCUGCUCUUCGUCCCCAUCGCGUUAUUUCUUGUUAGCACACAUUACACGCACUACGAUAGCACCUAUUUCAUCGUCAAUUGUCUAGCCACGAUAGCCGUCGUCAUCCCCAAGCUACCCUCGGUACCCACUCCCCCGGCCCUCUUCCUGCCAAACACACGCUAA